UUGUUAUUUUGAUACCUGAUUUAUUCCACCUCAUUUGACACUUCGAUUUAUGUCUCCCUGAAGAUGAAGGUAUUUCAUGCGGUUGUAAUUCUUGCUUCGUGCCUCUUGGCUUCUGGAUCACCGAUUAUCAAAGUGAAAACGGUUAAAGGCCAAAAGAAGUCUUAUUGUUGCUAUGGCGUUGUGCGACCAUUCGACAUGAUGGCAAAAGCCAAGCAAGGCUUACGAGCUUUGAAUCAAGUCGGCUACUCGCUGAAGCAGGUUCGCCAAGCGCUCGGUAUUCAACAGAAAACACUCGAAGGAAAACUGGAGAAAGCAGAAAAGAAGGCAGAAGACAUUAGUGCAAGAGUGGAGAAGGCGCUGAAAGAGACCAUGAAGAUCUUGACAGAUGCCACAAAAGCGGCUGCUGCUAAGCUGGGAUCAGUAUCAGAUGCCACAAAUGAUUUGGGACAACUUAGUAAAGACAUCGAAGAGACAAAAUCACACGAUAUGAUUAGCAAAAUAAGAGAGAUGAUCGCCGAGAAACCGGAAAAGGAGAAACACGAUGAUGAUAAAAACUCCAAAAAAAGUAAAGCCACAGAGGAAAGCAAGGACCAAUCGAAAAGUGGCAAGCAACACAACAAGCUCAAGCCAAAGGACAACAUUCCAAGUGGACUCAAUGAGGAUGAAACCGCCGUGGCCAGAAGCCUGCUGAACUUACAAAAACACGAGGUUGAAGAGGUAGAAAAGGCGAAAGAUGCUAUCCACGAAAAAGCACAAGCAAACAAGCGAGCCUUUGAAAAGACCAAAGACCUCCUGAAGGAGAUGGAAGACGGUCUAUUAAAGUUCCAAAACGUCUAUUAAAAAGAAGUGAAUUUGAAAGACAAUUUAUGGGCUCCAGGGAUCAGAGGGCAUGAGUACAUUUUGACGUCAGCAAUCCUGGAUUUGGCUGGCAGAAUUAUUGUUCUUCUAAGUACAUGCAAGCUAGCUUUGUUGGCCUUGCUUUUCAAUUAAAACUAUUUUCCCUUUCACAUGCAGAUGAGGCCAGGAAGGCUAUGAAACACGCAUAUAGAAAAAAAAUAAUCAGCCACGUCAUUUGAGAAAGAAGUCUAUUCAGUUACGUUUAUGUCUCGCUCUGUUGUCUGUUGUUGAGAUAUUACGAUUGCUUUCCUCUCUACUCUAGAAUAAUGUUCACUCCUUUGUGUUUCUUUGUUUUGUGUUUUUUUCUUCGACAAGUGCUCUUCUCAGAUCAACCUUGCCCGUGGGGAAAGUCGGCUUACUCGGUAAAACAGCUCUUAUAACCCUGACAGGAAGCAGAAAAUUAAGGACAGAAGAGCCCCUGGGGACAUUGUCUUACAAGACUAGUUCCAAACGGUCGCAGUCGUUCUGGCAUCUGAUUGGUGCCUGAAAAUCUUUGUGUUUUUCUGCCCAAUCAGAGUGAAGUGUCCUCUGGAGCCCUCAAAACAACUAAUCAUUGCAUAGGCUCUUUAGGUGUUCUUAUAUUCUGACGAACAUAAAAAUGUAAUGCUGUGUAUCAUGGACAGUUAUAUUUUGAAAGUCGUAUACCCUUUGUAAAUGAAAAUUUAACUUUAACAAGCAAAACCGGAUUUUCACCUGGGAUGCUAGCCUCAAUGAUUCAGUAUUUUAAAAGUAUUACCCUCAAAAAAUGUAAGCUAGAUAUUAGCGUCCGAAUCUUGUUAUCAGUAAUUAUUCACUGUCCAGGUUAAACUAACGAAUAAAAUGACG